CUGCUUCACCUGCCGGCCGAGCGCGCCGAGCCGCGGGCGGAGGCGAUGGCUAGCCCCGCGCCCUUAGUGGCCUCCAUCAGCCACCAAAUGGUGGCUCUGCACACCCUGCAGCUUCUGCAGCAGGAGUGGGGCUGGGGGGAUGGUCCGGGCGCCCCCGGGAGCCCACGCGACCUGGACCACGUGUCCGCCGCCCCAGAGAGUCGCUCAGACCCACGGCUGGCCCGUGCCGGGCAGGGGCGUGGGGAGGAAGGCGGGGGCAAGGGGGCCAGGAACGUGGGGUCCGGGGCGCGGGCGAGCUCCCCCGAGGUGGAAGUGGUGCGAGGCGCCGAGGGGGGCGCGGAACUGCUGCCCUUACCCCGGGGUCACGGGCCCUGCACCCUGGCCCAGAUGGCGAUGCGCAGCGCGCUGGCCCGCGUGGUGGACUCGACCUCGGAGCUGGUCAGCGUGGAGCAGACGCUGCUGGGCCCCCUCCAGCAGGAGCGGUCCAUCCCCAUCCACCUGAAGGACAGUGUUGAGUUUAGAAACAUCUGCAGUCAUUUGGCUCUACAGAUUGAAGGACAGCAGUUUGACAGAGAUUUGAGUGCUGCUCACCAGUGUUUGAAGAUGAUAGUCAAGAAGCUGAUCCAGUCUCUUGCUAAUCUUCCUUCGGAUGCCCACAUGGUAGCCUGUGCUUCCUUGAGACAGAUCUUACAGAAUCUCCCAGACAUAUGAGUGUUCAAGACACUGGAAUUAAAACCACAGCGAACACUGCUAAGAGGACUGGCUACCUUAAAUUCCUAAGUGGAUCAGCAGACAAUGGAUGUUUUUAUUCCUAGGAAGGAGAGACUUGGUAGCACAUAUAGCAGUCUGACCAGUGGCAUCUGUAACCCUUGGGAAUUAUAGCAUGUUGGUGAAAAAUUUUUAAAGCAGUAGUUCACAUUUUUAAGUGUCUUGACAUAUUUGCUGACUUUUUGAUUGAAAUAUAUUCCACUUUGUGGAACUGACUGGAUUACAUGUGUAUAUACAUUUAUGAAUAUAUAUUAAGUGUUAAUUUUAAUUGAAUGACACCUUAAUCUACAUUCAUAUUAAUGUAGGCCUAUGAGGUUUAAUAUGGCUAUUGGAUGAUUAGAGCUCCAUGGUUUUUCAAAUUAUUUUGAAUAAAUGGGAUAUUCGGUAAUUGAUAUGUUCUACUUACUGAGCACUUCAUUUUGUGUUAUGAGAAUGAUCUCUGGAUGUUGUAGGACCACACCACAUGUGUCAGUAAUUAUCAGUUCCAAU